CCCACGUCUUGACAGUGCCUGUCUGGACAAUCCGCCCGCUCGGAACUAUAGCAGGUGCUAAUACCUACCCACUCGCCCUCCUCUUCUCCUCCCGUCUGGGCUAGCGAAGACACCCAGGUCCGGCAGCAGACGUCGAUUGACACUCGCUUCGGCUAUUCUCAUCACUGCUCGCUCCUUUCUCGCCUCUCUCCUCGACACCUCCCGAGAGUAUCUGCCUUUCUCCCUUCUGCUGCGUCCGUACCGCUCAACCGGCCCGCUCCGUACGCGCUGGAAACAAAAAGUGCUGGGGUUGCUGGCUGGGCUUGUCUGGCAGCAUACCUACGCGCGGGACGGUCGAGGUUGCGGCCACUACCCGUCCGCCAGCUACGUGAUUCCCGUUCGGCCGACACGUACCGCUCAGCCUUGGUAGGACUGCAUAGAUAUACAGUCAGGUCUUCGCAGUCGCUAGCCAUGACGAUCCCCAUCACCCACCCAAUCGCGACCCCUCCCCCGCAACCGGCCCCUGUCCACGGCUUCGGAACUUUGGCCGUCCAUGCCGGCGCUCCUCACGACCCUACCACCGGCGCCGUCAUCGAGCCCAUUUCUCUCUCCACCACCUUCGAGCAGACCUCGGUCGGGAAUCCCGUCGGGUUGUACGAGUACUCGCGGAGUGCCAACCCCAACCGCGACAACUUUGAGAAGGCCGUCGCUGCCCUCGAGCAUGCCAAAUAUGCGCUAGCCUUCGGCAGCGGCAGCGCCGCUACCGCCACCAUCCUGCAGAGUCUGGCUUCGGGUUCCCAUGUCAUCAGCGUGAGCGACGUCUACGGCGGCACCCACCGCUACUUUACUCGCGUGGCCAAGGCCCACGGCGUCACCGUCACCUUCACCCCGCAGAUCGAGGUCGACAUCGCCGAGCACAUCCGAGACAACACCAAGCUGGUCUGGAUCGAGUCCCCCAGCAACCCCACUCUCCGGCUGGUGGACAUCCGGGCGGUGGCUACCGCUGCUCACGCCCGAGGUGUGGCCGUUGUCGUCGACAACACCUUUCUGAGCCCUUACGUCCAGAACCCUCUCGACCACGGUGCCGACAUCGUCGUCCAUAGUGUCACCAAGUACAUCAACGGACACAGCGACGUGGUCAUGGGGUUGGCCGCAUUCAACUCGGAUGAGCUGCGAGAGCGCCUGUCGUUCCUCCAGAAUGCCGGCGGCGCCGUCCCCUCGGCCUUUGAUUGCUGGCUGGCGCACCGGGGAGUCAAAACCCUGCACUUGCGAGUGAAGCAGUCGAGCAUCAACGCCACCGCUGUGGCGGAGGCUCUCGAGGCUAAUCCCCACGUCAUCGCCGUCAACUACCCCGGCCUAGACUCCCACCCGCACCGGGACAUCGCGUUGCGCCAACAUCGGGACGGCAUGGGAGGCGGUAUGCUCUCAUUCCGAAUCAAGGGCGGGCGCGCCGCGGCCGAACGCUUCUGUCAGCUGACCAAGAUAUACACCCUGGCCGAGAGUCUCGGCGGUAUCGAGAGCCUAGUCGAGCUCCCGAGCGCCAUGACCCACGCCGGCAUCCCUCGAGACCAGCGAGAGGCCGUCGGCGUUUUUGAUGAUCUCGUCCGCAUCAGCAGCGGCAUCGAGGAGCCCGAAGACCUGGUCCGCGACAUCCAGCAAGCGUUGGAAAAGGCGGUCCGGGAGACCCAUUUGAGCAACGGUAACGGCGUUAACGGAACUGCUACCAACGGGCAUGGGCCAAAAUAAACACGGGCACGGGAACGAUAGACAGGAUUUGGUAGAUCCGUCAAGUAUGAGGAGACGGCGUCACUCGGCGAAUUCCAUGGU